ACCAAAGCCAAGGAGAAAUGGCUUGAAUCGUGCAAAGCUAACAGACCAUUAACGACACAGUGCAACAGUGGUGCGCAGAACAGCAUCUCGGAAACGCACAACGCGUCGGUCUUUGUCACGGACGGUUCUAAUGCAACGCCGGGUUCUACUCCCACCAGAUAAAAACAAGAGGAAGAGGUUCCAGUGGGCGACAACGCUGGACAAUUUGAGGAGUGUGAACAUCGCCUGGUCCGACGAAUGCCGAUUCCUGGUACAUCACGCUGAUGGCAGUGUCAGGAUUUGGCAGAAACUCAUCGCCCCCCAGUACAGGCUGGUGGCAGUGUCAGGAUUUGGCAGAAACUCAUCGCCCCCCAGUACAGGCUGGUGGCAGUGUCAGGAUUUGGCAGAAACUCAUCGCCCCCCCAGUACAGGCUUGUGGCAGUGUCAGGAUUUGGCAGAAACUCAUCGCCCCCCCAGUACAGGCUGGUGGCAGUGUCAGGAUUUGGCAGAAACUCAUCGCCCCCCAGUACAGGCUGGUGGCAGUGUCAGGAUUUGGCAGAAACUCAUCGCCCCCCAGUACAGGCUGGUGGCAGUGUCAGGAUUUGGCAGAAACUCAUCGCCCCCCAGUACAGGCUGGUGGCAGUGUCAGGAUUUGGCAGAAACUCAUCGCCCCCCAGUACAGGCUGGUGGCAGUGUCAGGAUUUGGCAGAAACUCAUCGCCCCCCAGUACAGGCUGGUGGCAGUGUCAGGAUUUGGCAGAAACUCAUCGCCCCCCAGUACAGGCUGGUGGCAGUGUCAGGAUUUGGCAGAAACUCAUCGCCCCCCAGUACAGGCUGGUGGCAGUGUCAGGAUUUGGCAGAAACUCAUCGCCCCCCAGUACAGGCUGGUGGCAGUGUCAGGAUUUGGCAGAAACUCAUCGCCCCCCAGUACAGGCUGGUGGCAGUGUCAGGAUUUAGCAGAAACUCAUCGCCCCCCAGUACAGGCUGGUGGCAGUGUCAGGAUUUGGCAGAAACUCAUCGCCCCCCAGUACAGGCUGGUGGCAGUGUCAGGAUUUGGCAGAAACUCAUCGCCCCCCAGUACAGGCUGGUGGCAGUGUCAGGAUUUGGCAGAAACUCCUCGCCCCCCAGUACAGGCUGGUGGCAGUGUCAGGAUUUGGCAGAAACUCCUUGCCCCCCAGUACAGGCUGGUGGCAGUGUCAGGAUUUGGCAGAAACUCAUCGCCCCCCAGUACAGGCUGGUGGCAGUGUCAGGAUUUGGCAGAAACUCAUCGCCCCCCAGUACAGGCUGGUGGCAGUGUCAGGAUUUGGCAGAAACUCCUCGCCCCCCAGUACAGGCUGGUGGCAGUGUCAGGAUUUGGCAGAAACUCCUUGCCCCCCAGUACAGGCUGGUGGCAGUGUCAGGAUUUGGCAGAAACUCAUCGCCCCCCAGUACAGGCUGGUGGCAGUGUCAGGAUUUGGCAGAAACUCAUCGUCCCCCAGUACAGGCUGGUGGCAGUGUCAGGAUUUGGCAGAAACUCCUCGCCCCCCAGUACAGGCUGGUGGCAGUGUCAGGAUUUGGCAGAAACUCAUCGCCCCCCAGUACAGGCUGGUGGCAGUGUCAGGAUUUGGCAGAAACUCAUCGCCCCCCAGUACAGGCUGGUGGCAGUGUCAGGAUUUGGCAGAAACUCCUCGCCCCCCAGUACAGGCUGGUGGCAGUGUCAGGAUUUGGCAGAAACUCAUCGCCCCCCAGUACAGGCUGGUGGCAGUGUCAGGAUUUGGCAGAAACUCAUCGCCCCCCAGUACAGGCUGGUGGUGUAAUGCUGUGGGGAAUGUUUUCCUGCCACACGUUCAGGUCUCUUGAUACCAAUUGAGCAUCGUUUGGACACCACACAAUCAAUUUCCUGAAGAAUUCAGGCUGUUCUGGAGGCAAAAAGGGUCUGACCCGGUACUAGAUGGGUAUACCUAAUAAACUGUCCACUGAGUGUAUAUCCUGCUGUUUUCUUUGCAAUAUUUGUGAAUUCUUUUUUAAUUUAUUAAUGAAAUGGUAGCAGUUGACAGAUGUUUCCUAAGUGGGUCAACAGCAAGACAGAAGCACCUACCUACAUACAUUUAUCUAUCUUUAUAAUUUUGAAGGUCUCCUCUGUCGUAACGCACUUUGGAUUGCAUCCUGGUCAUACACCUUCUUUGGCCCAACAACAACAACUCCCCCAAAAGGUUUCCUCUCAUGCUUUAGCAUCGGAUUAUAAAACCUAUCAAAGCAAAUCACAAAAAGCAGUUAAGAGUUUUGUCUCAAGAAAUGUGAUAAUUUUUCCAACAAAAAAAAAAAAUCAUGAAAUGUAUCUUUUCUAAAACCAUAAU